AUGGAGAAUGUAUUUACUGCUUUGUCAAUAUCAUUAAUUUCAAACCAUAAAAGAUUUGUUAUAGUAUCCAAUGAUUCGAAACAAACACUACCGAAAUUCACCAAUUUAUUAACCAACACAUGUUCAUUCGACCCUUCUCAGUAUUGUGUUAUAGACCUACUAACGGUCCACACAACUAUUGAUUUGAUUCAUAAAAUGACAAACUAUUCAAAUAACAAAUACUACUUGAAAAAUGUAAUCAUAUGGCAAAAUGUACAAUACUUGACGUUGAAUCAACACAAAUCAUUGUAUAAGCUAAUCCUACAAAUUGAUCAAUAUGAAAUGACAGGGUUGAAAGAUAAACCUAUUGAAAUCACCAUUGGUAAUAAUGAUGAAGUCUUGUCGAUAGAAAGACCCGAGUUGUUCACUAUUGUCAUGGUUCUUGAUUACCUGGCAUUCAAUAGGAAACCAUAUAUAUUCUUGAAAGAGAAGUUCUGGUUUGCUGUUAAUUACAAUGAUUCCACCCUUGAUAUGAAUUAUAUCCCUAGUGAGAAAAACUAUCAGGAUACAAUACUAAAACUACGACUGCGAAUUGGGGAAGUUUAUAUAUCUCCCGAUAUUAAAAAAUACAUUUACUCGCUAAUAGUAUUUACCCGAUGUCAUAGAUUAACUUCACUAGCUCCUAAACUGGCAAGACUACCUACUGCAACAAUUGACUAUAUUAAUGAUUUUUGCAAAAGUUUGAUCCUAUGGCAAAAUAGACUGAACUUGGGAAAAGACUUAUUUGUGACUCCCGGUCAUGUUAAACUAGCUUUCCGUAAGAUCGGGUACUGGCUAGUCGAUUGGGAAUACAAUGAAAAGUUUGCUAAAGAUACCACUAGAAAUGUUGAUGUUGAUGAUGUGGGGACGGAAAGCAAUUUGGAAUAUGAGAAAAGAUUGGCGAUAAGUAUGCUUACUGGUGAUUGGUAUGGUAGUGAUUAUUUCUUUGUCAAUGAGUACUUAAAGAAUAGUACUAGUAAAUUGGAUAAGAAGAGUCCGACUGGUUAUACGAAUAGGAUCAUUGAAGAUGUUAUCAGUUCAGUACGACCUCCUUUAUAA